CAUAGUUCUCCAAUUCAUGCAAAUAGAAGUACAAAAUUAACAUGAAUUACACGAUGGCUACUUGUGCUGGCGAUCACAUGUUGUACUACCUAUCUUUCAUUUCUUUCAUCACUCUUUUACUCGUGCACUUUUUCAUCAAAUCAUGGUUGAAACCUCGGCCAGCCAUCCAAUACCCUCCGAGCCCACCGGCACUACCCAUCAUUGGCCACCUCCACUUGAUCGGCUCAGUCUUACCCAAAUCCUUCCAAACCCUUGCUCGCGAAUACGGCCCCCUCAUGCAAAUCCGUAUGGGGGCCUCAACGUGCGUCAUAGUUUCCGACGCCGUUGUUGCCAAAGAAAUCUUCAAAACCCAAGAUCUUAAUUUCUCAUCCAGGCCUGAAUUCGGAUCGUCCGAAUACUUCAUGUAUAGAGGCUCACGAUUUGUCAUGGCACAGUAUGGCGACUACUGGAGGUUCAUGAAGAAGCUUUGCAUGACUAGGCUUCUUGCCGUUCCACAGAUGGAUAGCACCAUUGAUAUCCGCGAGGAAGAGACCAAGAUGCUUGUGGAAAGGGUAACAGAGAGUACAAGAGAUGGGAAUCCAUGCGAUUUGUCUCGCCAGCUAACGAUAUUAACAAAUAACACGGCAUGCAGAAUGGCAAUGAGCGCGCGAUGCUCGGGGAGUUGGAAUGAGGCUGAGGAAAUACACAAGUUAAUAAAGCUGUGUUUGGAGCUGGCAGGGAAGCUUAGUGUUGGGGACGUCUUGGGUCCUCUGAAGAUGCUUGAUUUCUCUGGGAAUGGGAAAAAGCUCGUGUCGGCUUUGCAAAGGUUUGAUGUGCUGGUUGAGAGGAUCAUGAAGGAACAUGAAUUAAAGGUGAUAGACGGUGGUACUGGAGCCGGAGACCAAAAGAAAGAUUUGCUGGAUAUAUUGUUGGAGACAUAUAGAGACCCAACUGCUGAAGUGAAGAUAACCAGAAAGGACAUCAAAUCUUUCUUACUUGAUCUAUUCAUGGCUGGCACCGAUACGUCAUCAGCAGCCAUGCAAUGGGCCAUGGGAGAGCUCCUGAACAAUCCAAAGGCAUUCAAGAAGCUUAGGGAGGAGAUCAAUUCCGUUGUGGGGCCCAACAAGCUAGUCAAGGAGUCAGACAUGCCAAAUCUCCCUUAUCUACGAGCAGUCAUCAAGGAAACCCUAAGACUUCACCCUUCAGCACCUUUAAUCAUCAGGGAAUGUGCUGAAGAUUGCCAGGUUAACGGCUCCAUUGUUAAGGCCAAAACUCGGGUGCUCGUCAACGUCUACGCUAUCAUGCGGGACCCAGUUUCCUGGAAGGAUCCCGAUGAGUUCAUACCGGAGAGGUUUUUGGAAAGCUCGGGCGAGAGAAUCGGUGAGCACCAGAUGGAAUUUAAGGGACAGAAUUUCCGUUACCUUCCAUUUGGUAGCGGAAGGAGAGGAUGCCCUGGUGCAUCGCUUGCUAUGUUAAUGAUGCACCCCGCGAUCGCAGCCUUAGUCCAACGCUUUGAUUGGAAACUGAAAGAUGGCGAGAAAGUCGAUUUAACGCAGGGGUCAGGUUUUGCUGCUGAAAUGGCAAAGCCACUUGUUUGUUACCCUAUUACGCUCUAAUAACACGUACGCGCAUUAGUUAGCGUACUUGGAUUAAUGGAGCUUGUUGUGUUUUAAUACCUACCUUAGUUCAUGGUUUGAGUUUGAUAUCGCGUCGCGCGUGGUUUUAAAAUUUGUGAUCAUCAAUUUAGUAUAUAUGUUUGCUUGCA